UGCGCGGCCACUCCAAAUCCCCCCCCACACCCCGCGCGCGCGCUCGACAGGGCCAGGGAAGGCGGUGCGAGCGCGAGGUUGGGCGCGAGCCUCGUCCCACCGGGGGUCUCCCCCGGCAGCGCGCGUGCGCGCUGCAGAGCUGCUGAGCUCUUAGACUGGAACUGCCCUCCUGAAACUCCCCCAGCCUAUAGCCUAGGAGGAUGCCCUGGAUGCCCAACUAGGGUCUGGCCUUGGCCCCAUGCGACUCACACGCUGCCAGGCUGCCCUUGCAGCUGCCAUCACUCUCAACCUCCUGGUCCUCUUCUACUUCUCAUGGCUGCAGCACCAGCCCAGGAAUUCCCGGGCCCGCAGCCCUCGCCGGGCAUCCACCACCGGUCCCCGUGUCACUGUCCUGGUGCGGGAGUUUGAGGCCUUUGACAACGCAGUGCCCGAACUGGUGGACUCCUUCCUGCAGCAGGACCCAGCCCAGCCCGUGGUGGUGGUGGCUGACACCCUCCCCUAUCCACCUCUUGCCUUGCCCCGCGUCCCCAAUGUUCGCCUGGUGCUGCUCCAACCUGCCCUGGACCGGCCCGCCGCCGCUUCGCGCCCGGAGACUUACGUGGCCACCGAGUUUGUGGCCCUGAUGCCCGAUGGGGCACGCACCGAGUCACCAGGCCAGCUGGAGCGCAUGGUGGAGGCGCUGCGGGCAGGAGGUACGCGCCUGGUGGCCGCGCCCAUCGCUACCGCCAAUCCCGCCCGCUGCCUGGCGCUGAACGUCAGCCUGCGGGAGUGGACGGCCCACUAUGCCCCAGCGCCCGCCAUGCCCCGCUGUGAUGCCCUGGACGGCGAUGCCGUGGUUCUGCUGCGCACCCGCGACUUCUUCAACCUCUCGGCGCCUUUAGCGCGGCCGCUGGGCAGCAGCCUCUUUCUGCAGACCGCUCUGCGCGGCUGGUCCGUGCAGCUGCUGGCCCUGCCCUUCUCCGCGGCGCGCCAGCCCCCACUGGCCACGGCUCACGCGCGCUGGAAGGCGGAGCGUGAGGGGCGCACGCGGCGGGCGGCUCUGCUGCACGCGCUGGGCAUCCGGCUGGUGAGCUGGGCUGGCGGGCGGCUCGAGUGGUUCGGCUGUGGCAAGGAGAGCACCCGUUGCUUCGGGACCGUGGUGGGCGAUACGCCCUCCUAUCUGUACGAGGGGCGCUGGACGCCACCUUGCUGCCUGCGUGCGCUGCGUGAGACUGCGCGCUACGUGGUGGGCGUGCUGGAGGCCGCGGGCGUGCGCUACUGGCUGGAGGGUGGUUCGCUGCUAGGUGCUGCACGCCACGGGGACAUCAUCCCCUGGGACUACGACGUGGACCUGGGGAUCUACCUGGAAGACGUGGGUAACUGCGAGCAGCUGCGUGGGGCCGAGGCCGGCUCGGUGGUGGAUGAGCGUGGCUUUGUGUGGGAGAAGGCUGUGGAGGGCGACUUCUUCCGCGUGCAGUACAGUGAAACGAACCAUCUGCACGUGGACCUGUGGCCCUUCUACCCCCGCAACGGUGUCAUGACUAAGGACACGUGGCUGGACCACCGGCAGGACGUCGAGUUCCCCGAGCAUUUCCUGCAGCCUCUGGUCCCCCUGCCCUUUGCCGGCUUUGUGGCGCAGGCCCCCAAUAACUACCGCCGCUUCCUAGAACUCAAGUUCGGCCCUGGGGUCAUUGAGAACCCUGAGUACCCGAACCCCGCACUCCUGAGUUUGACAGGUGGCUGAAGCCCUGAUGCCUGCACCUGGGGACCCUGGGAUCAGGCUAACAUUCAGACACAGGGAGCCUCCUGUAUCUUCUACUGUCUGUCUGGGUGUGGAGAAGCUUCCUUUCAUGGGGGUUUGCGGGCUGUGUGCUGGAGACAGGAAGCCCCGAGAGGGGGAGAGAACCUGACUGUUGCAGGAAGAACCAGGCCCAGGAUGGGAAGCAACACCCAGAGAUGCUUCAGUGGCCCUUCCCCCAUAUGAGCGGCAGAUGUGACUGGGGACUGAGCUGCAGACAUUUGGUGCACAGAGCUGGGGAUGCCAGGCCGUCCUUUAGGGCCUUGGAGAAGUGUCCUGUGCCCCUGACUAGGACAUUUUGGCAAAGAGUAGGUUCUGGAUUCUGGCACUACCACUUGGAAGCACUGUCUCUGCCUCAGUUUCCUCCUCGAUUGCCAGGGCUUGUCAACCAGUGCCCAGUAAGGCAAUAAGCGCUCUGGACCCUUGGCUGCUAAGAUUGCUUGCUCCACUAGAGGGCGUGUCUGUCCCGCCCCUGGUGGCUUCCUGUGGCUGCCAAGAUGACUGAGCCCAGUGCUGUCUGGGGUUCCAUAGCCAUCACCUCUUUUGAGUUUUUGGUAUUCUCAGAAACACUGGGAGGUAGGACAGCAGUGGCCAUCUCCUCUCUGCAAUGUGACUCCUUCCCUACAGGACUGUGUGAGGUCUGUGCUGCUCUUUUUUUUUCUUUAAUCGGUACUGGAGAUCGAACUCAUGACUGCGUGCUUGCAAGGCAGGUGCUUAUGCCGCUGAGCUAAAUCCCCAGCCCAUCCCUGCUGCUCUUAACCCUGCCUCGCUGAGCAGAGGACAGCUCUGAGCACGGUUGGCUCUCAGCGCUGCUCCUGCAGCGAGGCAUAGGUGACAGCCCUUAGCAGGCACCACACGUCACGCAGUGUAAACACAGACACAUUGACUUGUCCUCACUUCAUCCCUCUGCAGUGACAGCUGUUACUUGUUCAUUUUGUAGUGAGCACAACUGAAGCCUGAAUGGUCAUGUCGCUUGUCUUCCUUCUCCCUCUUCCCCUUCUAAAAAUGUCACCCAGAAGCGGUUAGGAGCCCCCAUCUCAUGGGAAAAUAGUACAGGGGCAUGCACUGUAGUGUGUGUAUAUUUAUAAAUUAUGCACAAAUUCUACUAUAGUGUGUAAGACUUACAUUAUCCCAUCGUUCAAUAAAAUGUGAAUAUGAGUAGAGGUUUUUAACUUAUCCCAGUGACUUGUUCCGCAUACCUCCUGAGAGCUUUUUUUAAAGCAGGGCUCAGCCAUGUAUAGCUGUGAUAUCAGCUGUUCCGGAGGCUGAGGCAAGAGGAUGAUGAGCCCAGAAGUUCCAGGACAGCCUGGGUGACAGCGAGACAACAAAAAAUGGAAGCAUAGAACUACUCAAAAGAACAAAACACAGGUCCUGAGGUGGCAGUCGGCUUCAAAUCACUGCCCCUGCCCCUAGCAUGACUCAGACCUCUGCUUUGUGUCUGGGAGAUGGGCACAAAGAAAACAGAAAGGCGAAUCAGUAGUGAAUGGGUUGGCGUCAGGGCUGGGUUUGAAUCUUGGCUUCACUUAGUUUCUUUGUGACCUUAGGCAAGUCUCUGCCUCCCUGCAGGUGAGGGACUCCCUCUCAGGGACUGGUAACAUUGCAGAGUUGAGCCCUUGAAAGAGUCGAAGAGGAUCAUUUACCAACAUUCGAGGCCCAGAUCUCCAGAUCUCCUUAUUGCCUGGCCUCACCUUUAACCACGAACCCACCAUGGUUCCCCAAGAAGCCAGAGCAUUCCAGCAUGACACUUGGCUCGAAGCACACAUAAGCUCUGGAAGGAAGAUGCCUUACAGUAUGCAGCGUGACUCCCCAUCGGAGAGCCUCCUCAUCUCAUCCACCCAUGAAUGGGUCCAUGUCCUACUGGACAUGCAGGACCAAAAGGUGAUAUUUAAAAUAUUUUGUCCCAGACAUAUUGCACACCUGUAUUCCCAGUGCUUGGGAGGCUGAGGCAGGAGGAUUGCCUCAACUGUAAGGCCAGUUUGGGCUACAUAGUGAAUCCAGGCUGGCCAGUACAACACAGUGAGACCUUGUCUCAAAGAAAGUAAAAUAGUGGGCCAGGGAUAUAGUUCAGUGGUAGAGUACUUGCCUCACCUGCACAAGGCCCUGAGAUCAAUUCCCAGUACCACACACACAUACACACAGAAAAACCCAAACAAAAAUGUGAAAAAAGUAAAAUAUUUUGCAACUGGCCUAGUAGUAUAAAUUUAUAUAGGUACCUAUGAAUCAAGUUUUCAGAAUACUUUUUAUUCUCUACAUAAUCGAAGCAUUCCACCUAUACAUAUAUAUUUCCUUAAAUCGUCUGCCAAGAACAUAAGGUGAAAUUCAACUCAUUCUCAUUGUUGAAAUGCUACUGUCAUUUAGAAAUUGUUGAUAUAUACCUGAGCCUGAUGGCACAUGCAUGGAAUCCCAGCACUUCAGAGUCUGAGGCAAGAGGAUCGCUAUGAGUUUGAAGCCAGCCAGGGCUACAUGCUGAGUUCAAGACCAGCCUGAAUUAUAUAAUGAGACCCUGUCUCAAAAAAUUGUGGGUUAUCAGAACUUAUUAACAUUAGUGUCACUAAAGUUGGUAUACCACCCCCCACUGCUAAAUUUGACUGGCUUUUAAAAAAAUAAAUAAAAAUUAAAAUUAAA